GCACUCGGGGUAGCCAGCAAUGCGCGUCCGGUCAGAGCGUUCACGGCAGUGUGAGCGGAGUACAGCUCACGUGGCAUGCUCCGCAUUCAGUAAGGUCCCGUCUCUCUCCCCAUCGAGCUGCUCCCUGUCCCCUUCAGUGUACAGGAUGGCCGGCAGAGAAUCCUGGCAAGGUUUCCAGUGUGUGGUGGGGUCCAGGAAGGGAAAGCAGGCCCAGCUCUAGGAAAGCAACAGGGUCGGUAAUGGCGCCGGGCCACGCCACUGGGAGACAGGUGAGUUCAUGUGCUGUUUCUCCAGACUACCAGAUAGUCAUCAUAUCAUCUGAUGACAGUCGGAUUCAUACUGUAUGUAGGAACCAAACAGUGGUUUGUUGAAGCAUAAACUGGCAGGUCACAUUGUUGAAAAAAAGCAGUACUGGUUGGCCUACAGUCACUCCCAUGACAUCUGAUGAUGAUGAUGACGCUGCGGAAGCAGGUCCAUCAAAAGAAGUCUUGAACAGCAGAAGGCGGACUCCUGUAGCACACCAAACAAUAAUACAUGUGGCAACAAAGAAAGCAAGGUUUGAUGUCCAAUCACAACCACAGCAGUCUACCCCGCCACGAAGAUUGUCUACAGUUUCUUCGAUCCCACCACUCCAAAUUUUGGUCACACCUCCAAGACUCCAACCACACUCCCCUCAUCUUGAUUAUUCUAGUACUGGUACCAGCAUCCCGACACAACAGCAGCAACACAGUGACAUGGGUGAGACAAUCAUGUUACAAAUGCAGCCAUUAAUCAAAGGAAUCAGCCACCCAGCACCUGUAUGUACACCACCACAGCAAAGCACUCCACCACCACAACACAGCCCAACAACACCAGUAGCACAAGGCCCUGAUCAAGUGUUUUGGGACAGUUGGGCUACACAGCAGGCCACUAAUCAAGAAUGCCUGCAUAGGCAGACCCAAAUUUUUGCUAACCUACCAUCUCACCUCAGAAGAAUCAGCAGAAAUAUCAGUCGCCAAAAUGAACCAACCACCAGAAUUGCCAAUACCAUGGAAAUCAUGCGUGCAGACAUUACACAUGUCAUGGGCAACUUACAAUGCAUAAUGGAAGAACAGCACAGACAACAGCAAAGCUACAUCAACAUCUUAGAAAACAAUCAAAAGAUCAAUGAAUCUAUCACCAGAAUUUUAGAAAAUCAAAAUGCUGCAACACGUGAACUCAAUGCCACCCUCACUAGCCUCAAUGAAACAUUCAGAUCCCAGCACCAACAGCAACCAAGCAGCAGUUCUGGUACGACUACUGCUAUUCUAUCGCCAGUGUCCUCACCACCAAGGCUCUCCACCAAAGCACGCCAACAUGACAGUGGUAAAGGCAAAGGCCAGUCCAAGCAGCCAACCCAAAAAAAAAAUAUAGAGAUACCGAUUUCUGUAUAGAGAAGAAAAUAAACACAGUUAGUAAGUGUAGGUUUGUCACAAUAUAUAUAACACUUAGCACCUUGUCAAUUUGUUGAACAUCAUUAAUUAUAAGUGUUACAAACAACAACAGGAUUUUUUGCAACACAUUUAUUCUUUAACAUCUUUGUGUUUUUUUGGAGGAGGAAAAAGUUAUUUGAUCUGCACAUUGAUCUUAGCAUGCAGUGACAAUACCACUUGAUUUUUUUGUAAUCAUUACUCUUUCUAGAUUCCAAUCAUUCUCAGAUUCUGCAGACAGACUAAUUGGCAGCCAUGCAGAAUGUCUUUAGCAUGCACAAACCAUACCACUUGAUUUUUUUCUAAUCAUUACUCUUUCUAGAUUCCAAUCAUUCUCAGAUUCUGCAGACAGACUAAUUGGCAGCCAUGCAGAAUGUCUUUAGCAUGCAGAAACCAGACCACUUGAUUUUUUUCUAAUCAUUACUCUUUCUAGAUUCCAAUCAUUCUCAGAUUCUGCAGACAGACUAAUUGGCAGCCAUGCAGAUUCAUCCAUGACCAAUACAACUUACAAUGUGAAUUUUAACUCUUUUACAUUUCUUCUCUAGACGACAUUACAAGAAUAACACAAUUGAGUUGGCUAAAAAGGUCCUAAUAUGUUGUGAAACAAUUUAGAUAAUUCAGUCCCAAAGUGUAUUACAUUAUUGUUGUGCCAUGUUUGCGUGUGUUAAAAAUGAGUAAUCAGAUUCUUACACAUGAUGCAGAAACAAAGAAAUUGUAAAUAUUUUAAUGUGCAAAAAUAAUGUGUCUAAUAAUGGAUAUAUGUUGAAAACUGUGUAUUGACUUACAAAUCAGCAAGUUUACUCCAGCAAACAUAACGAAAUAAAU